AGCCCACAAGGUGGCUGGCUCCUGUGCAUCUACUGGCAAGGGUGUUGCGGGCCCCUAUUUCAGCUCCUAAUUUGAGCUGGAGAGGUUCAAUAAAGUUUCACGACAAAUCGGCCGCUCAAAAUGGUGGCCACUGACGUGACGUCAUUGCCCCGCUUGUUCCCGCCAGCGGUUGGGUCGAAAGGUUUCCGGUUUGCUCUGUGCUGGUGACACGACUUUGGCAAGACAUUUCUUUUAAGAUGCAACCCAUACCUUGAAGCACGAGUGUCACACGCGCGUAAUGGUUUGCGUGUACCGUGGAUAAAAAUCAACGUCUUCACGUCGACGGAUGUGGGCUGAAGCUAGCCUCCGAUAGCGUCCCCAGCUCGUGGAAUGGAGCGCCGGCAAGGGUGCUUCUUGGCCAAAGUGAGCGUGGCUGUGGCGGUGGCGGUGAUUGGGGGCGCAGCGGACGGCGCCACCGCCGCGCGGCGCCUUGAGGCUUUGGUGGCGAGGCUGAGGGACCGCGACCGCAUGUGGAGGGCCAAAGCGGAGGAGCUCCAACGGGAGGUCCUCGGGCUACGGCGGGCCCUGCUCAUCGCCACGGCAACAGCAAGCACAGGUCACGAUGCCGCCACGGAGAGCCAGCGCGCUCCAGACAGCGACUCGGACACGCCCGAACUCCAUGGGCUGGUCUCGCCCCGGCCGCGGCUUCUCUCCAUUCGGCGGCAGGACGCCGCGCGGCUUCCUCACCAACACGUCCUGCACGCGCUGGGCGCAUUCCAGCGGCCCGGCGCGGCGGGCCAACUCUCGGAGGACGAGCUGUGCCGGUUCCUGGAUGCGCUGGCGAGCGCGUUCCGCGAGCGCUCGCUUCCCCCGGGGGCGUGGCAAAUCACCCUGCAGGCGUGCCGGGCGUCGAGCCGCGCCAUGGACGAGUUCUCCUCGCAGAGUGUGCCCGCCGCCCGUCUGACGACGUGCCUGCGGGCCUCCCUGAGGGAGCUCGCCGCCACGUUGCUACGCGCCGGCCGGCGUCAGCCCAUGCUUGAACUGUUGACGCAGUGCUUGGCGGCGUUGGGGCGGAGUCGUAUGGCAAAGUCCUUCCUGGUGGCCGGCAUCCUGUCCGAGGUCGGCGCGCUGGCUGACGCACUGUGCCGCGCCAUCCACGAGAACGCCGCUGCGGACAAGAUUCCCGUGGACGAGUACCACAACGCUUUGCGCCUGCUGAGGAUUCUGGAGGAGCUGCCGAGCGAGCCUCCGGCGUCGCGGCGACGGCAGGUGACGGCGGAGCAGGCGGAGAGCCUGCAGCGCUUACAACAACAAAUGUUUGACGUCUCGCCGGAGUUUCCGCUCUUUGCCCUCACCGUGUGGAGGGUAAGUGUGCGCGUCAUGCCGACGAGCGUUGGGUCGUCUGCUCCCAACUGCCCGUGAGACGCUCGCGUCGCUCGAGGCCGCCGGUCGAAGGCUCGCUACAUAAAACAAACGAUGAGUCGACACGAGCGUAUCCUGGAAUUCUUGCUUUCCUUUCCUUGGUCUCGCGCAAGAUGAUCCAGAUCGUACGGAGUCCCAAACCGGGCCCUCAACCAUUUCAAACAAAGGAGGAGUGUGGAAAGCCACAUUUAUUUGUCAUGGCAUCAACGCAUUUGG